AUGACUGACAACGACGGCGAUGUUACCUUGAGCCGUGAACCCUUUGGUGAGGGCAUACGCGACAACGAAGACCACGACGACCACGAAUUGGAUUACGAAAACGACCUUGUCGGUAUCGAUGGGGAUGAGGAUGAUGAUGGUGGCACACCUACUCGCGACGACGCCCCUGAGGCCAGUCCUGCCGAUAUCGAAAGGAUAGAAAAAAGAAGAGUGCACCUUGAGUCGAGCCUUCAAGAGCAUGUUCGAGACGCCGUGAGAGAUUCCCUGUUCUCUGAUCCGCACAUUAUAGAAACUGCCCAUGCGUGUGGGAUCCCAGAGGAUCGGGUAUUUACGCAAGGAGAAACUUACCGCAUCGAAUACAAUUACCAGCACAUACACACUCUGGGCGACAAAGGCAACAUUGUCACUCAGCAAAAGUCCUUGGCCAUGAAAGAAAGAAUUAAAGCUAUGGUUAUGAGGGGAAUGUCGACCUCCGCUAUUGUGAACCAGUUAACGAUCGACUAUGCAAGGUUCACUCGUUUAAUGGAGGGUGGCGACAACCAACAGCUCUCCGGGGACGACAUCACCUACGACGACGUCUAUAACCUCCUGUAUGCGUUGACUGCCAAACAAAUGAGAAAGGAUGACGACCCACUCAUUUCUGCUCGGCUUUGGAUGGAGGACCUUGAGAACCAAAUUUACUUCACCUAUUACGAUCGGGGACACGGCCUCUACCAUGGAUUUUCAUCGCCAUGGCAGCUGAAUGAGCUGCGGAAGUGGGGAGAUGUUUUCUGUUUUGACGGGACUCACCAUGCUUGUGGGUAA